AUGUGCGAAAUUACCUUAAAUAACAACCCUACUAACAUCCUUAAUAACCUUUGUACUGGCCUCAAAACCUUCCUCGGCUUCAAUCCAUCUUCCAAAGGCUACGACGGCACUGGGAUUGUGUACUCCGACCUGGAUAGGCUGUGUGACGGGGUGAUGGGAUUUUUGAGUGGUGUUCUCAGUAACAUCCAAGGCAAUUUAGGGCAGCAUAAAGAGACAAUUACACCUGUAAUUAAGCUACUUGACACCAAUAAACACGCCGGUAAAAACGGUUUUAGUGUUGCGAUUGGAAAGGUGGUUAAAGGGGUGGGGGGGUAUAAUAAGGGAGUUAAAAAGUCAAAUGCGAGUGUUCAGAACGCGAUCAAUGAGUUAUGUAAUUACAUGAAGAAAAUACCGGCUGCUGUUGCAACUUAUAAUGAUCACAACAAUAUCAGCCAAAUUGAUAGUAAAGUUGAGGAGUGCAUCCAGAAGGCGGAGCAGUAUUGUCGCGACAUGGACACCCAAAAAAACAAUAAUAUUAAGGAUCUUCGAAAUGAAAUAGAAAAUGAUGUAAAUCACGCGACUGAUAUAAUUAGAUACCAGCGUGAAAGGCUGAGUGCAAUAUAUAAGCAACAGAAGGGUGAUUUAUUAGCACAGAUGGAGUUGGUAGGUAUUCAGCUAAAUCUUGCUGACAAUUUAAUUAAUGAAACCGCUGAGAAAAAAAUCGGCGAAUUUGCUAAUGGCAUAUAUGUUAAAAUUGAAGAACUCAAACAGAAAAUUACGGAAGUUGACGGCUGGUUAGCACAGUAUGUUGACGAGUUGAGAAAAUGGAUGGAAAAAGCAGCGGCUGUCGUUGAUGAGGCGUUAACGAAAGUAACGGAAGUUGUAAAAGAAGCCAGUGGUAGUGAUGGAAAGCGGAAUAAAGACGAUGUAAUAUUAGCCGUCGAAAAAUUGAAGGACAAAGCAUUAGCUCUGUAUAAAGCCUACGAAGUUGCCAAGAGUGCGCUAGGUUCAUUAGUCAAAAAUGUUACUGAUGCGGUGGGUGGAUUGGACGUGAAGAUUCAAAGAGAUUUGCAGGUGCUGAAGAAGAGCAUUCAAGAGAUAAUUGAGAAGUAUGUAAAAGAGGCGCAGGAUUGCUUCACACUGAUUAAAUACAAUGUAGGAGAUAACGGCAAAGGCGGUGUUAUGAAGAAUUGGAAGGGUCUUAAAGAGAAAAUCAAACAGCUUGUUGAAGGUUUGACGAAGAAGGGUCCGGCGAAGCAAGGAAAGCUUCAGCAGAUUGUUCAGAAUGUCGGCAAAUAUGCCGGCCAUUUUACUGACAAGCAUGCUUUUGAGGCUAUAGUAGAGGGAUGGAUUGUUGACAUUUUAAAACACGACCCUGUGAAUGCAUGGAUUGGUAAAUAUGUAGUAAGCGACAAUCAGCAUAACGCUAUAAAAGGUGCUUAUAAAAAACAAGAUAGAGACGAGAGUCUUGGCGGUGCAUUAUAUUACAAAGCACUCAUUGGCAAGAUCAGUGAAGUUAUCGUUGAAAUGAUUAAGAAGGGAACUGAUAUUAUUGAUGAAUCUGUGCAAAUGGCGCAGAGCCCUACUGGCGAAACUGAGAUUGCGAGGCAUGUUGACAGAGUUCAUGUCAUUUGUAUAACUUUUGCGGAGAAGCUGCAACAGAAGAUUAAGCAAGACGUGACAAAGUAUAAUGAUACUUUCGCCGACAAGAUAACGAAAGAGGUCGAGCAAGGUGACAGUGGUAUAUUAACCAACGCAAGAGAAAGCAGCAAAAAUAAGUACCUUCUCACGAACGCCGUUCAGCUUACUCUCUACCAACUGUUAGGCGUUGCCAAAGGCAUCUCUCUGGAGAUUCCAUCGUUUAUCGGCGAUUCUGAGGAGGAUGACGGUGAUGAGGAAUAUAAUCUUGGAAAUAACUUGGAGGGUGCUAUAGCGGACAUCAUUGAAUUCGGCAGGCAGACUAACGGCGCCGCCGACUCCUUGUACGGCAACAAGAUCGAAACUGAACUAGGAGUAGUCAAAAAUAAAAUCAAAGAGCUCAGUACACUGCUAUCUAGCGACUACCUCAGAGGUGAAAUAGGCGUACAGUUGGAAAACUAUCUGAGUAAUCCUGAUAAGUUUAGAAAACAAAUGGCAGAAUACGUCGUGCAGAUAGGAGAAAAAAGUCACGGUGCCGAGCAACAAACAGUAUAUGGAAAAGUUCGGAAACUGGGCAACGAAGUUUUGCAGCCCAUUCAACUUGCCGUCGAAACUGAGCAGGCAAAUGCUAACGAAAUAACUCGAAGCGCAAAUGAGAUUGUUCAUGGAACGUUACAGUCACUCUGUAAUGCAAUAAUACAAGCAGCCGACAGUGAUUUCGACAGUGCGAAGGCUAAAUUGAACAAAAUAAAAGCAUUAAUAUCAACGAAAACGGCAGACAUUCCUGAAACUCUUCGAAAACUCCGAGAUGAUCUCAAUGCAUUACAAAGUAUUCAGCUGCAUCCCUUGAUCGCUACGACAGGGUCAAUAAAUGCUUUCGUCAAAUCUGAAUGCAGUGACUUAAUUAGCCAACUGAACACGUUUGUUACUGAACAAGUUGGUGGCGCCAAGAAUGCAAUCACAGAAAUUAUGCAAACAAAAUAUGUUGUAUUCAUGAAGUUACAGCUACAAGAGUUCGCCACCAAGACAAUUAACGAACUUGACGGCCUGCCCACCGAGAUCGAGAAAGACGGCGAAAAACGUAUCAAAGGUUUCAUGAACGUCUUUCAAACCGCGCUAGAAUCCAGUAGAUUGGUAACCUAUGUACCUGAAGACGGUGAUGUGUCUACCUUGGUUUUUAAUGCCAAACCUUUUUUCACCGAUUUCUUCGACAGACUCAACACCAAUACCGACAUCAUGCCUGCUGAUUACAUUUCCAAAUUCUCAAACGCGUUUCACGCUCUUCUUACCGGCCUUACCAAGUACGAUAGCAAUUUCAAAAAUAAUCUGUCAUCAGUCGCUACUCUCCUAAGUCUCAUCCGCCCCGCAUCCUACGCCGAAGAGAGCAACCCCCUGCUCGAGUGUCUUAAAACGGGCGUGCAGGCGUUGCACGAUGAGCUAGCCAAGGCGUACGUGAGCGUGUAUGAUAGUGAGACGUUCGGUGCUGAGCUCGUGGAAAAAGAUAAAUUAACGCCGUAUGGCACUCAGUUGUCCAAGGUGUUUAUGUCCAUCUUUGAAAUGAUGCAUGAAGACCUGAGCUAUUUAAAGAACCAAUGCAUCUCCAAAUGGCACAACCGUAGAAUAUAUUCAGGCAGCAGUAUGGGCACGUUCUUAAGCAAUUGCGGUUACACUGUAUCUAAUCACGAUUCCCACCAGAACGGGGAGCUGCGUAACAAGGCAGAAUGCGACGGUAAGCACAUAUAUAGUACACUUGUCGGAGGUUUCAGUCAUGUUUACAAUUCUCGUGAAGAUACUAAAAACGCGUUUCAAAACUUGUACGAUUACCUUCCCACCUAUUACCGUGUCUGUCAACUACCCACUUUCUCCUCAACUCGCCGCCCAUGUUCCAUAUAUGAAAUGCUCCGUUGGCUUAGCGGCUUGCCAUACAACGCUGUAUAUCUCGACCUCAUGUCGGAUGAUUUCGCCGACCUAUUCGACAAGCCAAAAGAGGCAAAAACGGAGAGCAUUAGUUUAGACGGCAUCUCUCUAGAAGAUCAAACUCCAAAUACCUUGAAUGCCUAUCCACAGAAAAUUAAGCGCAGUGAUUUACAUGAUGCAAUAACGCAUAUUACGUCCCUUGCUCCCACAGUGCUCACAACUGUUGUUGGCUACGGAGAUGCGUACUCAAUGUACGCAGUUGACUACUACUGCAACGCACCUUCUUUCGUUUACCCAUCAUCAGCUGCGGAUUGUCUGACCAUGUUGAUCGAAUUACUUCGUCGAUUAUUACCUGUAUUCAGAUUCUUGCAUAACCGUUGUAGAAACAUGGCGUCCGAGUACGGUUGGUAUCAGUGCCGCUACGGCACAACUAUCGACUCUUCCAACUGGCACUGCAGUGAUCACUCCAAAACCAAAGUUGAUUGUCAACCUACGUCUCCGUUGAUGUCGUACCUAAAAGACAGUCUUCCUGGUCAUUUACCGCAUCAUGUUACCAAUGUUGACUGCAAAUCAUCCUGUUCAACGUGCCCUAAAAACCUGCCUGGGCAGCCGUGUUUAACACCGCUUGGAUUCAGAGGUUUCUCGGGAUCCACGAAAACAGGGAAAGACAUAUGUAACGUGCUGACCAAAUUCUUUGCCAACGCCCAUCUUACAACGCUACUCUGCGUCAUACCCAAACCGCCAUCCACAUUGCCGGAACACUUUGAAUUCACGUUAUCCCUCACGAAGGGUUGGCAUAGCAAAAUAGUUCCUUUGCCUCUGACGUGGGUGAAAGAGUGCAUUAAAGAACAAUCGAUUGCCCUGUAUAACGACACCGCACAACUCACCAACGCGCUGAGUAACGCCUACAAUAGCAAUCAUGGUGGUAACGGCGAAAGGCACCCUGCGGCUGAACGUGCUGACCCUAUCAGCCUCUCGAUGA